CUGACAGUAAUGCGGGGUCCUGUGGGCGCCGGAGUCACGGAGAGCAGUAAAAAUGCAGCGAAGCACAGUGGAAAUACUGCAGCUCGUGAGUCUCAUCGCCUUUCUGCAAAACCAGCCCCAGACGCUGUGCUUCAGUGUGGAUACCGAGAAGCCCAGGGUGUUCGGCGGCGAGGAGAACUCCUACUUUGGACACCGCGUCUGUCACUUUGGAGCCACGGCCAGCGACACGCUGCUGGUCACGGCCCCCCUCUUCAGCAAUGCGACAGGUGGGAUCUACCGGUGCUCCUACCGUAGCGGCCAGUGUGACUUUCUGUCCGUUGAAGGGGCUGCUGGGACGGCCCUGGGGUUGUCGCUCACCUGUGACGCUCGCAAGGCAGUGGUGUGUGGACCCCAUUUAAAACACGACUGCCAGAGUUUCCGGCAUCUCAACGGGCUGUGUGUGGAGCUGGACCCGCAGUUUGCCAUCCUACAGAAGCAGAGGCCUGCCUUCCAAGAGUGCCGUGACUUCGGGCUUGAUGCCGUCAUCCUGUUCGAUGACUCUCAGAGCAUCAGCAGAAAAGAUUUUGAGACCAUGAUCUCAUUCAUCAAGAACAUCGUGGGGAUGUUCACCAAUCCCCGGUUGCAGGUUGCCGUGGCAAAAUACUCCACCAUCGCUCAUGCUGUCUUCCACUUUGAGAACUUUGCUGAGGACAGGAACCCUGAGAAUCUGCUCCAUAACGUGCAACAAACACGGGGACAAACACACACGCCAUCCGCCAUCCGCUUUGUCCUUGAGGACAUGAUGGUUGAAGAGAAGGGGAUGAGGCCUAAUUCCAAGAAGCUACUGGUGGUGAUCACUGAUGGCCACUCCAACGACCCCAAAGAGACAUUCGACAGAGUGAUACCGCUGGCGGAGCAGAUGGGCGUGACCCGAUACGCCAUUGGGGUGGGGAAGCAGUACUCCCGCCAGGAGCUGGAGGUAAUCGCUUCCUCACCCAGGGAUGUGUUUGAAACAGAAAGCUUCGAUGCCCUCAGCUCCAUCCAGAAGCAGCUGAGUGAGAAGAUCUUCGCCAUCGAAGGUACUGGCCAGUCCAACUUCACCACUUUUCAGCUGGAGUUGUCUCAGGGGGGGUUCAGCACAGCUCUCGUCCAGGAGACGACCCUGUUUGGCACCGUGGGGGCAUAUGAAUGGUCAGGGGGCAUUGUGGAGAUGAUGCCUGGGGCAAAUGGUUCCUUCAUCAAUGCCUCCGCCCAAGAAACCGACAUGAAAGACUCUUACCUUGGGUACUCUGUGGCAGUGGCUCAGGUGGACGGUACCACGGUAUACUUUGCCGGGGCUCCAAGGUACCUCCACACAGGCCUGGUGUUGGGCUUCCAGUGGCAAAGCCAGAACCACACCUGGACCAUCACUCACAGGAUACGUGGGAUGCAGCUGGGGUCCUACUUCGGGGCAGAGCUCUGUGCGCUGGAUGUCUCGGGACACGGAUCUCGCACUCACCUGUUGCUUGUCGGGGCCCCCGAGUACCAUGGCAAGGGAGUCGGCGGGGAGGUCCGCAUCUGCCCCGUGGAGGCUGGGGUGAACAUCAGCUGCCCCCUGUUCCUGCGCGGUGUCCCAGGCGCCGAGAUGGGCCGCUUCGGGGCGGCCGUGUCUCCCGUACCUGACCUCAACGGGGACGGCUUCCCCGAGGUGGCUGUGGGGGCGCCGCUGGAGGUCGGAGGCAGGGGGAGCGUUUACAUCUUCUUGGGACGUUCGGGGGGCCUCCACAGCGAAUAUAGUCAGAGGAUCCUGGGUACGAGCGUGGACCAGCACCUCCGGUAUUUCGGGGUGUCCGUGCACUCAGCUGGGGACCUGAGCGCCGAUGGGCUGCCGGACCUGGUCAUCGGGUCACGAGCUGCUGCAGUUGUCCUGAGAUCACAUCCAGUGAUGUGCGUCGCCACAUCUGUCACCUUUGACCCCCCGGUCCUUCCGAGCCACUUCUUCCACUGCGCGGCCUCCCUCAGGUUUCACGUGCCCGUUUCCGUGGCGACGGUGUGCGUCGCCGUGACCGGCAUCCACACGGGAAGCAUACAGACUCCCCUUCAGGCCCAGGUGUCUGUGUCCAUGGAGCUGGAUGCCAAGACCAAGCCGGCACGUCUGCUUCUCUCCUCCUCGUCCUGGAGUGAAAUAGUCUCAGGGAGGGUGUGCCGCAAUGUCUCCAUCAGCAUCCCGGUGUGUGUGUCCGACUACAGUCCCGUGCCUCUUACUGGCCGUUUGUCGGUUCAGGGGCAGGAGGUCGAGGGGACUGAAGGACUAAAGGCCGUUCUGAGUCCUGACUGCCCCACCACCUUCUCCUACCCGGUGUUUCUAGAGCAGGUGUGUGGUGAAGACCAGGUGUGUGUUUCUGAUCUCCAGGUUUCCCUCAGUGUCUCCAGGCUGGUGGUCGUCAGAAGUCCUGAAUUCUUGGUAAACCUUCCCGUGAGAGUGUUCAACCACGGAGAAGAUGGUUUUGGGCCGGCGCUCACCCUGGUCCUCCCGUCUGCGCUGUCCUUUGUCCGUGCCACAAAGUCUUCAGGGGCAGUCGGAGUGAGGUGUACGCCCAGCGACAGGAGUCUCGGCAAUCGCACGCACACAGUGUGUCAGCUCAGCUCCGCUGUGCUCGUGGCCGAGACGUCGGUGCCGGUGCUGGUGUACCUGUCUGUUUCCGACCCCUCCUCUCUGACUGAGGAAAUGACGGUGAACGUGUCCGUCAGCAGUACGAACGAGAAUAACGACACGCUCCACGACAACUCGGUCAGCUGCCCCCUGUCCAUCAGGAUUCCCAUCAACGUCAUUGUAAAAGACGGGGACUCGACUCAGCACGUCAUCUAUCCAGACAGAAAGCUGGUGGAGCACAUAUACAGGGUGGAGAACGUUGGCGAAUCACCUGUGCCGCUGAACCUGAGCUUCACGGUGCCAGUGGACCUUGGCUCUGGCCUCCAGUGGAACAUAUCUCUUCCUGAGACGGAUCGAAGCAGAGCAACAUGUACCCGUAGCAACAUCGCCGCCGGUGUCGGACAGCCCUGUACUGGAACCCUUUGUCAGCAUAUUGGCUGCAUCAUCACUCUGCUGAGCAGCACUCAGCCAAUCGCCUUCAACUUCUCCGGGGCCGUUAUGGGGACCAUGAAGGUGAGGCAAAUGAAUGUGUCCAGCUGGGCUUCCCUGUCCUUCGAUCAAGAGCAGUACACCCGGUUUCCCGCAGACUCAUUCCACAGCCUAACUAUUUACACGGUGCUAGAGGAGACCCCCCCCAUCCCCACUGCCCUCAUCGCCGUUGGUGUUUCUGCUGCUCUGGUGCUUUUGGCCAUCGUUUUCGUGGUCUUGUAUAAGCGUGGCUUUUUCAAGCCAAGAUUUGCACUAGAAGAUCAGAAUGGCGGUGGCGGUGAGAAGACUUCGCGCCCCGAUGAUGUAGACACCAUUCUGGACAACAUCCCCAGUGGCAGAAUAGAAGUGUCCCAGAGCAGCUUUUGAGCCUGAGCAGCAAAGUCCACCUCUGACGAAAGCCAGCCAGGAGGGGACAGUGAGCAGACAUGACCAGUUCAUAUCAUCCCAGCGUUAGAUGGGCACAUGCAGCAUGAAGUUUGUGAGUGACCAAGUACUGCACCAGCAUUAGGUUGUUUUUAAUAUUGUCACCCAGAAUGCUGUAAACUGUAAGUCGUUGCCGGAAUCUUCUGGAAGAGUGUCAGCUGACGUGCAAAUACUGCCAAGGAGCCUUGGAUCAAAAUUGGACUGUGGGUCUAAAUUUCCAUUACUUUUUGCAAUUUUGUGAACUACACUUAUCAUUUUCUAGUGCGUCCACAUUGCAUUCAUUUUUAAGCAUGAAAUGAGAUUACUUGUGAAAUCCUAGCCCUAGAUAAAAACCAACAUACUGUUACCGAACGUUUUCAAGGCAUCUGUCGAACGGGGACAGAUGAAGGUGGUACACUUGGUGCACCUCACCUUACAGACAGAGGCUGGACCACAGCCUGUUUGUACCUCAUUUUGUUCAUAAUCCAGUCACUUUUAUUUCUAAAUCACAAUCAAAACGAUAACAGUACGGACUUCCCACUUAUUCACCGGUUAGGAUCUUAUGUUUUUAUUAACAAACUACAUCGAAAUUAAACCCGAUCCGAAAUGACCAAAAGCGUGUCAUCUCCAUAAACUUCUAUUAAAUGCUGAUUGUUGGCAGAUCUGUCUUAAAAUCACAUACAACAUCUCUCACCUUGUUAUUGAUCACCGACACUCAGGAACACCAGACACAAGCUGUAGACACUGAGUUGUAUUAAAGCUGUUUAAGCCUCCAAUUGUUUUUCGGUGCUCUUUACUGCCCCCUGUCUGCUGUCUGCAUAAAUACAGGUCACUUCCCUUCUGCAACAACCUUCAAAAGUAAAUGUGACGCAUGAUGACAAAUGCCACGCAUGACGACAAAUGCAUCUAAAAAUAA